GAUGUUAGUUUGACAUUUAUUAGUUAUUGUCAUUCACUUGCAAAAUAGGGUUUCGUCAGGAAAAUCACCAAUAAAAUAAAAUUUUAAUCAAAAAUAUAAGCUUUUCGUGACCAUGGAACAUCACAAAAGUUCGAACAUAUACCAGCUUGUGUAGAAAAAAAUUUAGAUAUCGAGUGAUGACGUUGAUUGUGGAUCAUGUAACCUUAAAAGUGCAAAAAGUCAAUAGAAACAAACUUUGUCAUCUCAUUGUUUGAUUACCAAUUUUAAUAAGAGCAAGUAGUGGUUUGUCAUGUCUCAUUUCAGUGAUUUCAUGGACGGCGUUCCCGUCAAAAUAUCAGAAAAAUACAAGCGGCCCCCCAAAAUAGAAUUGCCUUACAGCGUUACGGAAUGCCCUUUACGAGCUCAGGCUGUAGUGGACAGCGCUAAAUAUUGUUCUACUUUCGAAACAAAUGUACUCUCCAAACUCAAGGAGCUCCGGCGUGCCAAAGAAAUAAAGAAAUCCGAGAGGCGACAUCGUUUACAGCUGUUGGAAGAGGCGAAACAAAAAAAAUUGGAUGCUAUCGCUGCUGCCGAGGCUGAGGAAAAGUUGAAGCAGUUGAGCGUGUCAGACGUGUCGUACCCGAGCACCGAUGAGAUAAGUGCGUUGUCCCCCGACGAAAAAGCUGAGGCUAAUUCUGAUGUGACACCGACACACGAGAGCCCCGAAUCAGUUGAUGUUGCUACUCAAGAAAUCCAAAUACCAACUACUAGUAAUGCUCCUGAUCCCCAAUUAAACAUCCUCCAACCGAUACAAGUGCAGUCCAACUAUCAACAAAACAAUCUCUUAGAUGAUCCGGAUCCUUUACAAGAAAUUAAGAAGAGUGCAAAAGUUAAUAGGAUACCACAUUACAAUCAUAACAUAGAAACAUUGACUUAUAAAGAUUUUGAGAAUGACACAUCAAGUCCUUUUGAUAACGUGGAAUUGAAGACUAUAAAUGAUAUGGAAUUACUAGCUCAAGUGUUGCAAAGUCAGAGGGAUUCUGGGACGAGUUGUAAUCCUCAAGUGUUUGUAGAUCAGGGUUAUAGCUCUGUUCCCAACUGCGCAUCUCAAGCACAAAUGGAAGGAAUGACUUAUCUACCCAAUACUUACAUAGAGCAGCCUGUCCAUGGACCUAGUAUGAUGUAUUCCCCAGAACACUAUCCAGUAUCAAAUGGAUAUUAUAUACCAGAAAACACCUGUGAUAAUAUUAAUAUGUACAUGCCAAAUUACCAAUACUAUGUUCCAGCUAAUCCAUAUUCAGUAAUUGACACCAACUAUUAUAAUAAUCAAAUGCAGCCAUCAGAUAUUAGUCACAUGCCUAAUGAACCAACUUACAUUCCGCAACCAUAUUAUUUCCAAAGCCCUAAUAUACCAGCGUCAAUGUCUUAUCCUUCUCCAAAUGUGACAUACAAUACAACACCGAAUCAAAUUCAGAAUCAGAGUCCGAUGUCAAUAUCGCAGCAUACAGUGAAGUCAAGGUCGCGAAGUGUGCCUGAUAUUGUUAAAGAAUUAGAUGAAGAAUUAGCUUCGGCCAAACUAAGAGCCAACGAAAGAUCAUAUAAUGUAAGUCCUGCCCCAAAAGUGGUCCCUGAAACAUCUUGUAAGAAGAAGGAUGAGCGAAGAAAUAGAAAGAAGCCGGAAAAUUUGCCAAAUCCAUAUGAGAAGCUGCCGCCCAAGCUGCAGCAUAUUUGUCAGAACAUACACUGUAUGGGAUUUCCUCUGGACAGGGUAGCAAGAGUCUGUAGUCUUUUAGGUGAUAAUGAUAAAAAGAUAAUCGAAGGCCUUCUGAUGAUCGGCGACUUGAUGGACCUGGGCUUCUCCGAGGGCCGGGUCUCCGCGGCGCUUGCCAAACACGAAUUUAACAAGGACAAGGCCUUAGACGAACUGGUCUCCUAACACCAAGGCUCUGGGUGAACUGGAGUGGCUGUUCUAUGGUUAAUCUCAUGUCUAUGGUCGCAUAGCUUGAGACUUUAUGAUUAUACUUACACUAUGGUUACAUAGAUCACAGAUAUUUGGCGGACCGUACCUCUAUACGUUCUUCCAACAAAAGUACGGUUUGCGUUUAGUUCCUAUUUCGGCCGCGCUAUCUGGCGUAUAAAGUGCUGACAUCUCAUAUUAUAGCAGACUUGAAUCCACGCAAACCAAACCAAACCACAAGUUAUUUCUCCAUAUGGAACGCAAUCCAUAUGGAGAAAUAACUUGUGGUUUGGUUUGGUUUGCGUCAAUAAAUUAAUUGUUAAUUGCGUCAAUAAUUAGUCAAUAAAUUAUUUAAUGCAUUAAUAUAAUUUAUUGACUUCAAAAAUAAUGAACGGCGUUUAAUAAGGAUUGAUGAUUGAAUUAGAAAUCCAUCACGAAAAAAUAAUUAUAUUCACGGGAAAAGCUUUUGAAGUAACGGCGUGGAAGAAAUGAAAUUUAAAAAAAACCUAUAGUUUACUGACAAUCAGUAAACUAUUUUGAGUAAGCAUUGAAGAUAGGACACUGCCUUUUUAGAUUGAAAAAUAAUAAAUUGUAAAUACAUACAAUAAUACAGUAUUAAAUAAAAAACAAAAUCAAGUUUUAGACGGUGAUUAUUUACUCUUUCAACAGACAGAUUGAAUUGCAGAUUUAAAUUGUUAUAUUUAAAUAUAAUUUUGUUUCCUUAACUUUUUUUUUGUCUUGUUUCAUAAGCGUUAAGCUGGCUUGUGAUAUAUUGUGAGUAAUGUAAACUCUAAACAUAGACAAUAUUAUGAUAAUCUUGCCUGCCUAGUAGAGAGAAACACUAAAGAAUUAUAAAAGUUAUUCAAAUUGUUUAUUUAUUUUUAAAUGUCACAGUGAUACUAUUCAUAAAAAAGACAAUUGCUUAUGGCAAUCGUAAGAUCGUACUUUUUUAAUUAUUGUUUGGACCAUUUUUUACAUGAUAAUGCAAAAAUAACUGCGUACACUCGGUUUUUUCUUACAAUUCCUAACAUGUAGUCAAUUUUUACAGUACUUAUUGUUGAGUUUUUUUUUGAAAAUAAAUCAAAAUAAUUAAUUUUAUUUAUAUCGCUGUAAAAUCUUAAAAAGACAUGGUAUAAUUGUUUACAUGAUAAGACUUGUAAGAAAAAACGCAUUUUACAUACAGUCAGCACAUCAAUUUCGUCAAUUUAUCCACUGCCUCUGAAACCCGAAACAUUUUUAUAACCCUACUCGGAUUUAUGACUUCAAUCAAAGAAAUUUGAAUUCUCGCUGCGUGUAUUUUAAGUACUUUUUCCUUUGUAGCAAAAGCAGGAGUGAUGUAUCUAACUUUGGUUUAAUUUAAUCUGUGCAGUAUAAUGUACUUUGUAAAUAAUGACAGCCCUUGAAGAUAACUUGUGAUUUUGGGCCACAGUGUAAAUAAAUUAAGUGGCUUGUAGAGAAAAGCUAUAGAAAUAUAUGAAUUAUAUUUAAAUAAUGCUAUUAUAUAGUUUUAUUGUUUGAGAAGGUAGCAACUUGAAGUAAGACUUGAAAAAUCUUUAACAGAAAAUGAACAGAUUCGUAUCAAUCAUCACAGCCGAUCGUAAUCCAUUGCUCUUACAAAAGCAAAAAUUCAUUAUUGGGCGGUCCAAAAAUGGAUUUUUUUAUUUUAAUACAAAAAAUAGAAAUUAAGGCCAAAACAUAGUUUUUGAGUCACGAAAAUGCGAAAAACGAAUAUAUUUGUGUUCAGCGUGUUACUUCAAGUUGCUAAAUUUGCGUUCUUCUAAGUUGGCUGUUAUUUUCACGUACUAAAGAAUAUUGUUAUAUUGUCGUGUUAUUAUAUAGAGGACUUGCAUCAACGCUUGGUGAUAAAAUAUCCUAUAGUCUAUACGUAUGUGCCUAUCCUAUAUCUAUACGUAUCAAACAAAAUGGUGUGUGUUGUGGCCAAUGACAUCAGGCAGAUUUAUCUAGCUGUAAAAUCGAAAUAUAAUAUUGAAUCAGAAAGUGGUAAAACAGGCCUUAAAACAUAGAAGAUUGCUCCUUAGCGCCGUACAACAAAAUAUAUCGCUAUUUAAGCAAAUACUGUAAUACAAAAAAUGAGCGAUGAAUGAUUGAAUGCAAUACAUUAUGUAAAGGACAGAGAUAUAAUACAUAAUAUACCUGUCCCUGUUUUAUUUUCUUUAUCGAUCUUUAUCGACUUUGGAACUCGUGAAAAUAACUACCAAUUUGGAAAAUUCAAAUGUGAACACAUGACUCGACAUUAUGGAUUUUUUUUUAUAUUACAAAUAUAUUUGCAUUUAAUAUCUUUGUAUAUUUUGAAGCCUGCACCUGCCUAUUAGUUUAAAUUGAUACUAUUCAGGGUGACAUCCUCAUUUGUAUGAUCUAUGAUAUUAUGGGGUUAUCACAAAUUAUAUAAGUUUAUGGAACAAUUUUUGUAAUAUUGAUAUAUCUAUAUAUCAAUAUUACAAAAGACUCACAGAAUCUGUGGUUAGACUAUUUCAGAAAACGUCCAGCCCGUUUCACGUUGAUUGAUACUAUUAACUGCGAGUGUUUAGUGCUGGUGUAAGUGCGUAAUUUGGACAGGCGCUGAUUAGUGCGAGUUCAAGUUCUGUAGUUCAACUUAACACCUGCAUUUAACCAAUCAAAUUCAAACUGGACUUCAAAUCAGAUACGUUUUGUCAAUGUCAAAAACAAUAAUGUUUUUGAAAUUGACAGUCCAAUGCAUUCUUAAAUACUAUGAGAUUUAAAAAAUAAUAAACACGUAAUAAAAUUGAUCAAUUAAGUGACAUUAAAUCACUGUGUUUUAUUAUUUAAACACGUGCAUACAUUUUAUUUUCAUGAGUAUUUUACUCACAAAAUACCGUAAAAAUAAUGAAAAAAAAAAAGGCGGAGGCAGUCCUUUAAGUCUAAAUGGACUUGUUAUAUACUUAAUGUAUGUUUUAAUUUAUUUGAUUCUAUUUAAUGUUCUUGUCGAUGUCUUCUUGGAAAUAUUCCAAGAGAUACUCCCACUUCUGAAAAUUGUCAUUUAGUUUGUAAGAAAUGUCAUUAUCUUUGAACGAUGUCCCCUGAUUAGACACAGCACUUAUUAUUAUAACGUUUUUAAAUCACCAUUAUAAUUAAAUGUUGCUUCAUAGUGUUUUUAUAUUAAUAUUUUUGUAUAAAUAAAUACUCUAGGUUUUAAACAAGGAGAAAUAUAAUUCCGUUUAAAGUAUGUUUUUAGACGUAGCGAAAAAUGGGUUAUUGACCUAAGAUUAUUAUUUGGGACAAUUUUAUACUGAUCUAUGAGUCAUAGAAGAGGAAAUCGUAUAGGAUACUGGCCAUACAAUUUUCUCAUAAUGUUUAACCGUAACGGCAAAUGUAAUUUUAUCUGAACAACAGAGUAGAUUGGGUGAAUUAUUCCGUCUGGUCUAGAAACAUACUAUCUGGUUUGUUGCAAUUUAAUUUAUUCUAGCUAUAACGUUGAGUGAUAAAUUAAACGUAAGAGAACGCUCGGGAGUCGUGGGAAUUUUCUACACAGCUUCACACAAAACAAUGUAUUAUAAAUAAACAAAUAUUUUCA